AUGGCGACGCUGGGCCUCAGUCCAUUCGACGAGGCGCCGCAAGGCCACGAGGGAUAUGUUCCUCAGGACUCCGGGCGCUGGCCGGCCUUUUGGCAGGAGCCGUGGCGGGCCGAAAUGGGAGCUGACUGGCAAGCAUGGCAAGCACAAGAAGAGUGGCAGAGCAGGCGCAAGCGCCGCUUCUGCACCUCCUUCCCGGAGGUGGGCCAGUGCCGGCGCGGAGCGGCCUGCGCUUUCGCGCACACCCGGGAAGAGAUCACGGCGCCCUUGCUGGAGGAGGCCGAGGAGCAACAGCUUCAGCCGGCCUUGACGGAUGACUUCUUCAUGUUCAAAUACAAGAUCCACUGGUGCCCCAUCGGAGUGCAGCACGAGUGGCACAACUGCGUCUACGCGCACAACUACCAAGAUGCGCGUCGCCCGGUGGACAUCGGCUACGGCGCGAGGUUGUGCCCCUACUGGUCCAAGAAGGACACGGGCGCCGAAUACUCCCAGCGCUGCCCUUUGGGCUUGCGCUGCCCAUACUCCCACGGAGCCAAGGAGCAACUCUACCACCCACAGUAUUUCAAGACCGUGAUCUGCCGAGACGUUCGUGGCAAGGUGUGCCCGCGUCAGAAGCUUUGCGCCUUCCACCACCACCGCAACGAGAAGCGUCCCACGCCGCAGGACGACGUGGACUACUCCAUGCCUUUGCCCGCCGAGAAGCUGCCGGAGAAGUGGGUGGCGGAUUUCCUGUCCCCACCCUUCAUGCCUGAGACCACAAAGCAGAAGGAGGAGGGAAAGGAGCGCGGGGAUGCGGGCAUGAUGCCCAUCUACUACAUGCCACUUCAGCCGGAGACGGCACAGUCGGAAUUCAAUGCACUGGGCCUUCGUCCUACUGAGGACUGA